AUGCGCAACAGCACGGAGCUUACGGAGCCUUCGCCUUCGGCCGCUGACCACAUGGGUCUGGAUCAGGACAGCGACUCCCAGAGCGAUGGCGAUGAAGAUGCCGGGCGUGGCACAAAGAGAAAGCGACCGUUAUCUGUUUCAUGCGAGCUUUGCAAGCAAAGAAAAGUAAAAUGUGACCGCGGUCAGCCUUCAUGUGGCUGGUGCAGUCGCAAUGGAGCGACCUGCGAAUACAAGGAGCGCAAAAAGCCUGGUCUAAGAGCGGGAUACGGAAAAGAGCUGGAACAGAGACUUGACAAACUGGAGGAAAUCUUGGUCUCUCAUUCCAAAAUCCUACAGAAUUUUGGCCACGUGACGCCUGACGAGGGAGUCGUUGGGGCUCAAAACAUCAAUCAAAGCCUGACUAGUGAGCAAGAUACUCCUGGCGAAUCUGUGCAUCUGUCCCGGUCACAGGAUCAGACAUGGACACCAAAAGGCGAAGGAAACUUGUUCAUGGCGAAACAAUCGUCAUUUACUCCCAGCUCUCAGAAUGCCGAGUUCGCAGUCAGCCAGGCUUCUAUGGUGCACGACGGCUCUCACCAUGGGCCAGUGUCCGUCAUGUCGACUGCAUCCCACCCAGGCGUCGCCGCAGAAGAAUACUACCAGCAUUCCCAGACCAAUAUUCCUCACCAUACAGGGCCCCAAGGGGCAGAACAAGAUCUACCUCCAUACGACCUCGUAUACUCACUAGUGGACUUGUACUUCAAAAAUGUCAACACUUGGUGUCCAAUUUUACACCGAAAAACUACCCUGGAUGUUCUUUUUGGACCAUCUACGCUGCAGGAAGCCGACCGUAUACUGCUUCACGCCAUCGUCGCAACCACCAUGCGAUAUUCUACCGACGUCCGACUUACUGAUGAGAGGCGAAGAAACUACCACAAGAUAUCCAAAGAUAAAGUUCUCCUCUACGGCAUGGAAAAUUCAUCUGUCAAAUCACUACAGGCUCUUGUCAUUCUGGCUUUGGACCUGUGUGGAAGCAGCAAUGGUCCUCCUGGUUGGAACAUCAUGGCACUCAUCACGCGCUCCGUGGUUCAGCUUGGACUUGCUGUUGAGAGCACAUCCUCCAUGGUCUCGCCAAGCUUUAUAUCUAUAUACACAUUGCGAGCCAUGGUUCUCCCUGAGCCAAAUGAUUUCAUUGAAGAAGAAUCUCGGCGGCGUCUUUUUUGGAUGAUAUACCUUUUGGAUAGAUAUGCCACUAUUGCCACCGCUUUCGAGUUCGCACUGGAUGACAGGGAAAUCGAUAGGAGCCUGCCUUGUCGAGACGAUCUUUGGAUGGCAAAUCGCAAGGUCGAAACUAAGUGGUUCAGGACGUUCAACUUCCCGGAAUCAACGCCUCAAAAUAGUGCCACUGCCACGGAGCACUUGGGCGCUUUUUCAUAUUACAUUGAGGUUCUUGGAAUUCUGUCAAAGAUCCACAAGUUUUUGAAGCAACCCGUGGAUAUUGGAGUGGCUGACCAUGUUGAAAGAUGGCAGCUUCGAUAUAAAGAGUUGGAUAACAUGCUGACAUCCUGGAAAUAUGGACUUCCAGGAGAGUUUAGCAACAUGGCCAAAAUAUUUCAACCGGGUAGCCGCAACUUGAGCUGCACCUGGGUAAUGCUCCACGCGACUUACCAUACGGCGGUUAUCAGACUUCACUCGUCGGCGGCGUAUCCAACAACGAGAUCGCCCAUCUUUACCCCGUCAUACAGCGCAUCGCAACGAUGCCUCGGUGCAGUCGAAAAUAUUGCUGCUUUGGCUGAGUUCGCCUCAACGAAUGGAUACAUAUCUAGAUUGGGGCCGCCAUUUGCAUUUACAGUCUGGGUGUCUGCGCGCCUGCUGCUAGUGCAUGGAUCAACAGUCGAACACAAACUCUCGCCGCGAAUUGCCUUCUUUGUUGACACACUGAGAGCCCUAGGAGCUUUUUGGCCGGUAGCUCAAAGAUACUGCGACUUAUUACAAAGGGUCCUAGACGAGCACAGAGACAGCGAACAAAACGGGAACGGAAUAACGCCAAGCUCCGUGAAGAUUUUGGCAGACAUGAGGCGCACCGCAUUCGACUUGGAUUUUCUCAUCUCUCGCCAGCCACGACAUGGAACUCACACGACUAACCGCCUACCAAGCGUCACACCGGCUAGAACUCCAGCGCCCAAUGAGCUGGAGUACCUCGACGUAUUCGACUUUUUCAACGUUCCGCGUCUGCCUCUUUCUGGAGACUGCUUGUCCAUACCAACCGAGGCUAUGACGCAGGCGGAGCUGCACGCCACUGGCAAUGCCAACGCGCAAUCUGGCAUCCCGACUGAUUUUAACAUUACAAACUUUAUGAUGGAUGUGAACAGCGACUGGUUCAAGCAGGAGGGUGGAAAGUUCUUGACACAAUGA